CUUGCUACCACCUCAAUGGCAAAGGUCGACAAAUCCUUACCACCUUCAAUGGCCAAGGCCGACGAACGCUUACCACCCUCAAUGGGAAAGUCUGACGAAUCCUUUCCGGAGCGCGAGAAGGCUAGCGGCAACAAGCUCUGGAACACUUACAUCUCCGAGGCCCAGAACUACGACCAAGGUCUGGUCGAUGGCUGGCGCAGUGAGAUGGAUGGCCUGCUGAUAUUCGCCGGUCUCUUCUCCGGCGUCGUGACGUCGUUCAUCCUCGAGAGCUACAAGACGCUAAGCUCCGACUCGGGUACCCAGACCCUCGCGAUCCUCAACCAGAUCUCACAGCAGCUUGCGGGCUUGAAAAACGGCACGGCGAAUAUCGAUGCACUUCCGCCGCCCUCUGCAUUCUCUCCAUCGAUCUCAUCCCUCAUAUGCAAUGCGCUCUGGUUCAUCAGCCUCGCGCUGAGCCUGUCCUCCGCCCUAGUUGCCACGUUGAUCGAUCAGUGGGCACGGGAGUACGAGCAUCGUACUUCCAUGUUCUCCUCCACUCUCAUCCGAGCCCGCGUAUACAUGUAUCUCUAUUACGGUCUGCAACGCUUCAACAUGCAUGCGGUCGUUGGCGUUCCACCGCUUCUUCUGCACGGAGCCCUGGUCCUGUUCUUGGUCGGUCUCGUGGUAUUCCUCGCGCCCAUCAAUCUCGUCGUCACGAUCCUGACCUCAAUCCUUCUACUCCUCUUCGUCGGGGUGUACGGGACGUUCACUGUGCUUCCUUUGUUCUUCCAUGACAGCCCAUACCAGACUCCGCUGUCGCGGAUCUUUUGGUCGCUGUACCAGAGCUCGAGAAAGAGAUUCAGGGCAUAUUCUCAGAAGCCAGUGGUUUCGGACCCCGAAGGUUCCACGGAACUCUCUUGGCCUUCAGACACUCCUCCGCAGACCCAGAACAUGGUGGAAGCUAUGAUAGCAGCCGCAUUACUGUCCACGGUAGACACAGAGACCCGGGCUCUUUCAUGGACGAUACGUUCUCUAUCAGACGAUAACGAGCUCGAGCCGUUUGUGGAAGGGCUGACCCCGGCACUGUGGGAUUUCGAGAAAAACGAGCCUCGUAGGGCCUAUCAGGAGCAUUUCACACGCCUCCUACGAGAUCCACAAGUCCGUCUGUGUCAGCGACUUGCGGACUUCAUGGCUAGCUCCCACAGCAAUCUUCUGGAGCCCUCCGUUUGCCUCCGCCGGCAUCACUCCGUGCUUCAGGCCAUUUGGGCUGUCUGUGCCUUUUCCAUCAGCACCAAUUCGCCUAUGGAGAAUCCGAUCGGGGUGCUUGACGUGAAAUACGCACUGCUCAGCUCGAGGUUUCAUGAUACUCCCUCGGUGCAAGAGCUGGUCCACGCCGUCUCAGCUCUCAUUCGUCUGAACACCAUCGAGUUCUGGGUCACGCAGCCAGCCGGUGAAGCAGUGGAAAAUGCGCUCGGUCGCCUGGCCAUCAAAUCCAUCCGCACGGAGAAGGAUCGUAUUUUUACGCCCACGUUCUUUUCGGCGACUACUCAGAGCACUUGCGAAGAGGAGAAACGAUGGGCAUACGGGCAGUAUCUGAUCCAUCUCUCUGAAACCCGUGACAGCUUCCAGCGGGAACGGACGAAUGCGCUCUUUUAUACCUUGAACGCCGUCCCCUUGCUGGCCGGGAAGUUCGACCGCGUCAUGGUCGAGGCCCUCGAAACGAUGCUCGGAUCACAGGCGGAAGGAACAACGAGCAAUCGCGUCUUUGCUGUCCGCCAGUUGAUCUGCGCACUGGCUGUGACAUCGCCUCGAUCGAAAACUGACAUCGAGUUCCACGCUCCGAAUAAUCUCGCCUCUUUCAUCGUCCGCCAUCAUUCCAUCGCCCGCUACACACCAGACUCACUCUGGGAGCCCCGCGCGGAGGAACAGUACAUCAGAUACCUGUGCGAAUGCCUGGUUCUCAAUGCGGAGCACGGACGGGAGCCACAAACCACAAUCGACUCCCUCCGGCUGAUAUAUCACCAUCUGAACGAUAAAAGAUUCUAUGCAGAGUCCUCGGAAGACCUCGAUGCCCAUUUGUUGACGCUUUGGGCCGUCCGGAAUUACGGGGCUCAAGCAGCAUCUGUUCGCCGUCAUCAUGCAAUUGCGUUGGUUCAGACUGUUGCAGUUUGCUGUGUGCCGGAGAGCGUUUGGGAAUCAGCUCGAGGGUUGGACAUCUUCGAGGACGAGGACUGGUUCCGAACCGCGCUCCACUUCGAUGACGACGCGAAGUGGGUCGAGACGGCGGUCCCCCGGGAAGAAACCAACUCUAUUGCCGACUUCAUUCGCUGCUGCGCCGCACUCGGUGUUGUGACCACCUUCCUCGAACAGUGUGUCAAGAAUUCAGAUGAAGCGGAGCUUGAGCUCGACUUCGAUACCCUCACAUGCAUCAUCAGUCGCUUCGAUUCCGACUUGGACACGUCGAGAUCGUGGCCAGAUGUGGCGGUUCCCCCCGAAAUCCAACGUCGGUUCACCGAAUCCGUCUCUGCGUUCCUCGCCCGAUAUCCAACGGAAGGCCCUGCAGAAAACAGCGUGCUCGCCUGGCUGCUUACGGUCUCGUCGGGCACGAGCGAUCCUGUCGCUUUGCAGGUCCGGGACAGAGCUUUAUUCGACAAACAGAAGGACUGAGAGUCUUACACGACUAUGGUAUGCUCGGAAUAUCCGCGAAGAUCUGUAGUUGCGGUUCACUUGUCCCACUAGUAACAGAGUAGGAAUAAAAUGUCCGAUGCAAGGGUCCUCUUUUGUACAAGUCAGGGCCACUUCGCAGUGACAUAAGCAGUGACUGUAAGUAAGAGACAUUACUACAGAGGAUCGGGCCUAUUGCUAUUAGCGCCUACGUUUAUAUUAGAUUGGUACAUACAUGCUACAUUUUCCAGAUGGACUCCUCAUCAACAAACCGCCCGGUUUUCGCCAUCUGUCUUCUCUGCGCUCUGAUCUUGUCAAUUUUGGCUCUCCACCAUCCCACGGUCUGCUCAUCCGGAACCAGCUCAGCGCCACACCAUUCUCGCAACCAUCCCAUAAGUGCCAAAAACUGGUCCGCGUUCUUGCCGGCGAUGGCAGCAACGAGCGGCGGCUGGACACUGACUUCGCUCCAAAACGCCAGCGCCGUACCCAGGGUGCGUUCGCUCGGCUUGAUAUCGAGCGCUCGCAUCCAACCGAGGGCACGCGCGAUCUCGGGGGCCCGGCGGUUCAUCCCAAGGAACAUGAUAUACGAGGCAAACUCGCGCUCGCCGACAACGAGCUCCGGGAACCAAGUCUUUCCUUCGGGAGUGGAGAUGUCCGUCGGCAAUACAAAUGAGGAGGGUGGCAUGUCGAGUCGCAGUCUCAAUGCUGCGCUGUCGCUUUCUGCGUGGGGUCGGACGGCGAAAGCAGGCGGGGGCACAUUCGCAACGGGGCGACGACUCGCGUCCCCGAAAAGAGCUUGUAGGAACAUGUGGUUGGCGGCAUGGGCGGCUGGUCGAUCGCGCCAGAUGCCGGAUCGAUAGGGUUCGGAUGACUGCUGUAUGAGCGUCUCAAUGUGCUGCUGGCGAGUGGCGAGCGGUGUAUGAGAGUGACGGAAGGGAUUCCGCAGAGCCAGAUGGGCAAUCUGACCCUUCACCGAGUCGUCCAAUACGUAGGGAAGCUCGGCAGCUGCCAGCAUGAUCCGCAACGUCUCGGGCGACGGUCGUAGGUAGUACAAGCUGUCCAUCCAGUCCCAAAGUCGAAAGACCAGAUCAGGACGCAAGAUGGAAUGCAAGCUACGCAUGAAGAUGUUCACCAGCCCUAUCGACACGUGAACUGGCUUGCGAGACUGGUGUGUCGCAGGAAACGCGGCAUCUGCCCGAGCAGCAUGAAGUUCCAGCAACGCAAAAGCUUCGCCCGGUUGUCCAGAGAGAGUGGCUGCCUGCAAACCGACGCCCAGGGCCACUUCAUCGACGGUUAAGCCAGACCAAGUGACCUUCGUCCAGUGCAUAUAAGCUUGUCGCCAUUCGCGUCUGUCCAGCAAUCCUUGGAUAAACACAGUGUGCAUGGCUAACGUGGGUUGGAAUUCCGCAGCUUUCGGUCUCCGCUGCUGGAACAACCGCUUGAAUCUUCGCGUGUCAAUCCUCGGAUCCCGAGCAGCGACGGAAAGGGCCGCGGUGAAGUCAGCGGCAUCGACUGCUUUCUUGCGGAUCGUGAGCAAUUGACGGUCCGGAAGUUGCUUCUGAGCCAGGUUCGCCAGAAACUGGAACGCCGAGGCACUGGAGGGUUUGUUCUGCAAGACCAUGACGUUCGCAUCGUGCUCGGCGCGGUGGCCCCGGACAGCCUUGGCAUAUUGCCCAACAUGGUGGAUCGCACCGUCCUGCGCGUAGAUGCGCAGAUACGAUUCCAGCUGUGCUGCAUCAGGCACGAUGCCCAGCUGUGUCUGCUGGCGUCGGAGGUAGCUUGUGAGCCGCAAUGCAACAUAUCUGUCUUCCAACAGCGCUUUGUAGGUUUUGGGCCACAGCUUCAGUUGCCUAGCCUCCAUGGCCUGCAGGAUUCGCACGGUCUUGCCGCCCAUGUCGUGUGACCGCUGCGGAAUAGAUGCCAUAGCGAGAAGUAGGUGGUUGAAGUGAAGGGACGGGAAGUCCUGAUCCUGGGCAAGCGGCACUUGCAAGAACGCAUCGAGAACAUUGUGCAUUGGCGCCACGAGUGAAAAUCGACACAGAUGCAUCAUCGUGAUGACGAGGAUCGAAGCCUGGACGGUAGAAGACAGGACCCGUCGCUC